UCUGUUCGGUGUGUCCUCCUUCUCUCUCUCUCACUACUCACCACUCACCACUCACCACUCACCACCACUCUCUCUCUCUUGGAUUCUUUCAGAUUCCAUGGAAGCUCCAAAAAGCUGAUUCGCUGGAGCAAUUUUUUUUUCUUCACUUCUCAGAUUCGGAUCCUUUGAGCUCCUGCAUUGGAGAAGCUGCUAUAAGGUUUGACCUGGGAUCUUAGAUGGUAUGCAGCACUUUCUUAAGGAGUGUGAUUGUUCAAGCUGGUGGUCAUUUUGGGGUGUUGGCUCAAGGAAGAAGACAUCAUAUUAACAAGACCUUGAGUGUUGUUGGUUUCGGGUUUAGAACCAGUUUUCUUGGAUUUAGUAGAACCAGUGGAUUCGGAUUUAGAACUAGUGCAAAGAUGAUGGUUGAUUCUUCCACUGGAGAGAGACGAGUUUCUUUAGUUGAUAUGCCCCCUGGGAAAGUUGAUGACGGCGGAUACAUCGGCGGUGGGUGGAAAAAUGACGAAGGAAGCUUGACCUGUGGGUACUGUAGUUUCAGAGGGAAAAGAUCUACGAUGGAAGAUUUCUAUGAUGUCAAAGCUUCAACAAUUGAAGGCCAAACAGUGUGCAUGUUUGGAAUAUUUGAUGGGCAUGGUGGUUCACGUGCUGCGGAGUACCUGAAGGAACACCUCUUUAACAAUCUUAUGAAGCAUCCACAAUUUUUGACAGACACCAAGCUGGCAUUAAGCGAAACAUAUAAACAAACUGAUAUUGCAUUCCUCGAGGCGGAAAAGGAUACCUACAGAGAUGAUGGCUCCACAGCAUCUGCUGCUGUGUUGGUAGGGAACCAUUUGUAUGUUGCAAAUGUUGGAGACUCGAGGACAAUAGUGUCUAAAGCUGGGAAAGCGAUCGCGCUAUCUGAUGACCAUAAGCCAAAUAGAAGCGAUGAAAGAAAGCGAAUUGAAAGCGCUGGUGGUGUUAUUAUGUGGGCAGGAACAUGGAGAGUAGGUGGGGUGUUGGCAAUGUCCCGGGCCUUUGGUAACAGAAUGCUGAAGCAGUUCGUUGUUGCUGAACCCGAGAUACAAGAUCUAGAGAUAGAUCAUGAGGCCGAGUUGCUUGUGCUUGCAAGUGACGGUCUAUGGGAUGUGGUACCAAAUGAGGAUGCGGUUUCCCUUGCUCAGAGCGAGGAAGAGCCCGAGGCAGCUGCCCGCAAGUUAACUGACACUGCCUUCAGCCGUGGCAGUGCAGACAACAUCACAUGCAUUGUUGUUAAAUUCCGUCAUGAUAAGACAGAGUCUCCCAAAAUCGAAGGAAACGCCAUGGCUGAAUCGGAACCUGAACUGAACACCACAUCUGAACUGGAACCGGAAUUAAACCCCAAUGCUGAAAUGGAAACCGAAUCAAGCCCCAAAGCUGAACUGGAACACAAACCUGAUGCUACACUCGAUCCAAAACCGGAAACCGAACCAGAGGCCAAGGGUGAGAAAGCAGGUGAGUAAGGUAGCAGCCGGGGAAAAGUGUCCAUAUUAUUGGGAGCAUGUGGAAGAACAGAUGAAUAUAAAAUUGCUUUAGUAGUUGUGUGAUUUGUGGCUACCUGUAACGUGUGAGGAUUUGUGUUUUGGUUUUGUAUUGCAUCAUGCACAUACCUAUGCCUGCCUUGAGGACAACUACGACCAUUUGACAUGUCCUCGAUUUUUGUCUAUUCAUUUUGCUCUAUUUUGUUUGUUGGUGCUGCUCACAGCAAAAAACAUCACAUUUGUUCUGUUUCUCCCACUUAUUUCUUCUAUCUCUUAUUCAAACACUUUCCAAUAAA